UGCCCAGGAAGAUCAAAGUGAAAGGGAAGUUGAUGGGUUUGUGGCACAAGUUUCUUUUCCCUCAUCAUCCUGUCAAGCCUCCCAAAACUGGUGCUGGGCUUUUGAAGCUUCACAAUGAUGUACAAAGCUGUGAAUAUCAGGAUGUCCAUGUGAUGUGGGAAAUGCUGAGGAAAUCAGAAUCAGGGCCACCAAGAGGUCGCCAAUGCCAUCCCAAGCGCAAGCAAAGGCCCUUUUGGAGGCUCUUUCUGUGGUCUAACAACCAUAAUGCAGCCUCAUCCUUGUCUGCUGAUCAAGCUAAUUAAAACAACAUUCACAUAGAUUUAUAAAUGCUCUAAGAAUAAUACAUAGUUGAUCGAUGUCCUACAGUACUGCUACAUGAAAUGGCAUCGUCUUU